GGCAGGGGGAACUGGUGGGGUGUGUGUGUGUGUGUGUGUGUGAAGAGUUCAUCUUCGCCAAUCCUUCUUCAAGGAUGCAACCCUUAACCCCUUUUGACCGUCUCAGUUCAUUUUCUAUUACUGAUGACGGGGUUCUAAUUCUAUUCUUUUCUUCUUUCUCUCUCAAUUUAAAUUCUCACGGCCAUGGCGGUCUCGGACGUUGGUGCUAUCUUGGAUUUCCUUAGGAAGAAUGGAUUCUCUGAUGCGGAAUCCGCUCUCAGAGACGAUAUUGUUGAGAGAGGAGACUUGAGCUCUUUUGAUUUUGAGAGGUUUAUGUUUCCUAUGGUUCAUCCACCUCCGCCUGUGAGAAUCCGCUCCGUUGGCACGCAAUCGGAGGUUUCUGAUGGAGUCGACCAUUCCAAUUCCAAUUCUAGUUCUUCUGAUUCGUCCGAUGAUUUCGUCAGCAUCGGCUCUUCUACCACCGUCGUGUCUCCCUCCGGUCUAACAAAUCCAUAUGCUGUUUGGCCUGAAGCUGGAGUUAAAUCGGAAGCUUCAUCCGAUAGACUCUCUGAAUUCGAUACUGCCCGUGAUUACUAUGAUGCUGAUAUUCUAUAUGAUACCUAUUGGUACAGCGAGAAAGAUGGGGGCUACCCUAAAAAUUCCUCCUUCAGAGGGCCGGACUUCUUUAGCUUUCCCAGUGAGGACAAGUUUGUUACUACUUCAGAGUCAGAGAGGCAAUGCGAUAGACUGUUCGGCAUAGAUGAUGCAGCAGAAGGAUUUCAUUCGGUGACCAGUAUUAAUCGCUUAGACAAUGCGUGCCUCAAUGAUGCUUCCAUGGACGAUGGGGUUCCAGUUACAGAGAAUUACCAACAGAACGAGAAUGUCCAACAGAAUCAUGUUGUCGAAUCAGGAUUCGAGGAUCGUACUGGUUGUUUGGAAGAAAAAUGUUAUUUUGAUGGAGCAUAUGAGGAUUAUAACGAAAUGCAGACCUUGAAAGAUCCUGAGCUGAAAGCUAUUCAGUUAAAGCUUGCACCUGAUUGCACUUUGGAUUGUGAUUCUAAUUCAAAGCACAAAAGAAAUGGGAGUUCCAAUCAUUCUAUAAUAAAGUGUUCUACAGAUAAUGUAGAUGUGAAGUUUUGUGAAGACGCCAACUUACAGCUUCAAGCUUCAGAAAAUGAAUGUCGACCAUAUGGAGACAAUCUUUAUGUGAUAGGAGAUGGCAGAGAAAUGAUUGGUAAGAGUGAUGAAUCUGGAAUUGCAGGGGAUGGUGAGGAUUGUGCUACUCCAAAUGAGUAUCCAGCUUUUGAUAUUGAGAAGGAUGAAUAUGAGAUAUUUGACCUAAGAAUUAUACAUAGGAAAAACAGGACUGGAUUUGAAGCGAGCAAAGAUGUACCAAUUGUUCUGAAUACCAUCAUAGCUGGCAGAUACUAUGUCACGGAAUACCUUGGUUCUGCUGCUUUCAGCAAAGUUGUUCAAGCACAUGACCUCCAUACUGGAGUGGAUGUUUGUUUGAAAAUAAUAAAAAACGAUAAGGAUUUUUUUGACCAAAGUUUGGAUGAGAUCAAGCUUCUGAAGUUUGUGAACAAGCAUGACCCUGCGGAUGAACACCACAUCUUGCGCCUGUAUGACUACUUCUAUCAUCAGGAGCAUCUAUUCAUCGUUUGUGAACUCCUACGAGCAAAUCUAUACGAAUUUCAGAAAUAUAAUCAGGAAUCUGGCGGCAAGGUUUAUUUUACAUUGCACAGAUUGCAGAUCAUAACUCGACAAUGUUUGGAAGCAUUAGACUACUUGCAUGGGUUGGGAAUUAUCCAUUGUGAUCUGAAGCCUGAGAAUAUUCUUAUCAAAAGUUACAGCAGAUGUGAAAUAAAGAUCAUUGAUCUCGGGAGUAGUUGCUUUCAAACAGAUAACUUGGGCUUAUACGUACAGUCUCGAUCCUAUAGGGCUCCUGAAGUUAUCCUAGGCUACCCAUAUGAUCAGAGGAUUGACAUUUGGUCUCUUGGUUGUGUUUUGGCUGAGCUAUGCUCUGGUGAGGUGCUUUUUCCAAAUGAUGCACUGGUAAUAAUACUUGCUCGCAUGAUUGGGAUGCUUGGUCCGAUUGAUAUGAAGAUGCUGGGCAGGGGGCAAGAGACAUACAAGUACUUCACAAAGGAGUAUGAUCUAUAUCAUGUUAAUGAGGAAACAAACCAACUGGAGUACGUCAUCCCAGAGGAGUCCUCAUUGGAGCAUCAUCUAAAGAUUUCUGAUAUUGGAUUUAUUGAGUUCAUCAGAUAUUUGCUUGAGAUGAACCCACAAAGGCGUCCAACUGCAAGGGAAGCACUACAGCAUCCGUGGCUCUCUUGCCCAUACGAGUGGAGCCCUUUUUAAUGGUUUUGUUGCGAGUGGCGCCUUGGGAAUGGGUAGUGUUUUGACGUUUGAGUGGAAUAUAGAUCUCUUCGCCAUAAAAUAUGUAUUGAGAUAAUGAGUCUGCUCUGACUUUUUGUAGUUUAAU